AUGGAGACAAUUAUUAUUCUGGUUUGCUACAAUAGAAAAUGGGUAACCUCAAAGAAGAAGUACAAAUAUGAAGGGGGUGACUCAAAAGGCUUAAUAGUUCCACGGACCAUCACAUUUGCUGAACUGUUGGAUUGUGUGGAUCAGAUUGGUAAUACAAACAGCAGGGAAGACAAGGUUUACUUAAAGUUCUCAGUUUUGGUGGCCUCGAAUGAGUGGAAGCACAUAAAGAUUGAGGACGAUGAUGAUGUCAAAUUUUUUAUGAAGUACAAUUGUGAGGUAACACCUUCAAAACUAGCUCCCUUACUCGUGAGUAUAGAAGAUAAUAGACUAACAAAUGAUGUAGUUGAUAGUACGCAUAUCACGACAGAUAGUAGUCGGAUGGGUCGUUCUUUAGCUGCGAUUGUUGAAAGCAAUGAAGUAACUCGGAAUAAUACAAAUGUCGCUGAUGUGGGAGGUGAUGUUGGGAUAGAUUUUAUGGACAUGAUUGAUUUUAGCGAGGUGGAGGAGAUGCAUGGUGGUGAUAAUGGUACUGAAAGAAAUAAAGUGUCAGUGUACUCUGCCCCUCCUAUUUUGGGCCCCUUGAACACAUCUGGCCAAUUGAGAAUAAUGCGUUUAGGAGGAGAAUUUGAACCCAUUCGUGAACAUUAUUUGAGUCAAAUGGGUGAACAGAACCGGUACAAUGUGGCCGGUGUAAAUUAUGGAGAAGCAUAUUUGGACACAGGUAAGGGAGCAUUGUUGGCUGAGUUACGGUUGACGGCAUUGAGAGGCCACUUUGAAUUUAAGGUGCAAUUCUCUUGCACUAAGAGGUUGCUUGUGGUUUGUUGUCAACGUCCAGGUCCAUGGUGGGUCCGAGCAUCGAGAAUUGGAGAAUACAACUUUAUGAUUGUGAGGUGUACAGCUGUCCAUGAAUGUGAUUUAAGGUUCGUACAUGACGACCAUCAUCAAGCAACCGCAGCACUUGUAGCCACUUCAUUUAAAAGGAAGUUGAAGGAUUCUCAGACAAUAUACACACCAAGUGACAUAAUGAGAGAUGUGAAACACAACUUUAGUUUUUCCAUCCAUUAUUCAAAAGCUUGGAAAGCAAGGGAGUUAGCUCUAUUGUCCAUUAGAGGAUUAGCUGAGGAGGCUUAUUAUAUCCUUCCAGCCUAUUGCUUUGAAUUGAGCGUAUGA